AUGGAUUGCCACGAACCGGUGGAUGAUUAUUGCGAUGCAUCUCAGGCCGAUAAUCUCCAAAUCCCACCAAAUUCCACUGAUUCAGAUCAGUUCUUCAUAGCCAUUGAAGUCGAAGUGACGCAGCCCUCAGUGGAAUCCUCAGAAGAAGAAGACGACGACGACGACGACGAUUGCGCUCCUAAUUUACGAGUUUCCGACUUGGAGACGUUGGGAUUCUGGGCCCCAUGCCCGAGGACGGAGAGCGACAACUUGCCGGAGUCGGUGAUUUCGGGGAUGCUGUCGAGGGCCGGAGUGCCUCUGCACAAGCAAAAGUACAUGACGGACCGGAUAUCCUUGCGGGCCGACGAGAUUGCCAGUGCGGCCCGCAAUAAGGAAGCGCGAGUCCUGCCUAUGCAGGUCCUCAUCAGCAUGGUCGCUUGUUCCUGUUAUGGAGAGGCGGUCGUCGAUCCUUAG